UCCGUUGGCGUAUGUAGAGCCACCGUGACCUGGUUUUAGGAGAGGAACCGUCUCCGGCGAAUCGGGCAAUUCGAAGAUUUCUGAUCCUGAGGAUUAUGGAGUCCAUGGAAGCAGCUCCGUCUCCUCCUUUUCAAGCAACCUCUCGUUCCAGUCAACAGUUGCAUUUCUACCUCGCCGUGGAUCGUCACCAAUUCAAAAUGGAGACUGUUGUGGAACUAUUGGGAGUUUUAGGUCGUCGUCCAUGGCUUCCCAUUGUAGUUUGUUGCAGCUCUCGUGAUGAACUUGACGCCGUCUGCUCUUCCUUAUCCACCCUUCCUUACAUUUCAUUAGCCGCCUUGUAUAGCGAUCUGGCAGAUAGAGAACGAGCUACGGUGAUAGAGAAAUUCAGGCAAGCAACAAUCAACUGGAACCAGCAACUUAACUCUGUCGUAGAAGAAGGUUUGGACGAGAUUGAAACUGGAAAAGAAGAAAAGAAAUCUCAUUUGGUAGUUGUCACCGAUGUUUGUCUUCCGUUACUCUCAUCUGGAGAAUCUCCUCUUUCCGCACGUGUUCUCAUAAACUAUGAGCUUCCUACAAAGAAGGAAACAUAUACAAGGCGGAUAACAUCUUGCUUGGCUUCAGGUGGUAUUGUCAUAAACAUGGUUGUUGGAGGUGAAGUCACGACUCUCAAAAGCCUCGAAGAAAGCAGUGGCCUUAUCAUCGCAGAGAUGCCAAUCAAUAUUUCUGAAAUCUUAUAACAAUGCAUGGAUAUCCCAUGAUCUGAAGGGGUUUAGUGGCUCUUGAGCUUCAAAUUAUAGUUUAUGUCAAGGCAGGGAAGUUGUCUCUCUCUGCUGCACUUUUAACUAUUGAGUUGACCACCUUUGUCUAAAAACGCUGCGUUUCGACAGUUUUAUUCAUAAUGCAAGAAAAACUGAACAAUUGGAUAAAGGCAGAAGCUACGUACGCACAAAAUCUAUGUGAUUUUGUCAUUAGUAGUUGAAUCACGGGUUUUAUGUAACUAUCAAAUUUAUAAUCUUGUCUGAUUUGUUUUA